GCCCGGGAGCUGCGGGGCUGCGGGAGCGGUGCCGCAGUAGCUGCCUGGCCGCCGCGCAGCCGACCGCGCCGCUCAGCCCCGUAAGCCGCGCCUCAAGCCCGCCGCCCUCCGUGGGCACCCCGGCCCCGCCAUGGUGAAGGUGACGUUCAACUCGGCUCUGGCCCAGAAGGAGGCCAAGAAGGACGAGCCCAAGAGCAGCGAGGAGGCGCUCAUCAUCCCCCCCGACGCCGUCGCGGUGGACUGCAAGGACCCAGAUGAAGUGGUACCAGUUGGCCAGAGAAGAGCUUGGUGUUGGUGCAUGUGCUUUGGACUAGCAUUUAUGCUUGCAGGUGUCAUUCUAGGAGGGGCAUACCUGUACAAAUAUUUUGCACUUCAACCAGAUGACGUGUACUACUGUGGAAUAAAGUACAUCAAAGAUGAUGUCAUCCUAAGUGAGCCUUCUGCAGAUGCCCCAGCUGCUCGCUACCAGACAAUUGAGGAAAAUAUUAAGAUCUUUGAGGAAGACGAAGUUGAAUUCAUCAGUGUGCCUGUCCCAGAGUUUGCAGACAGUGAUCCUGCCAACAUUGUUCAUGACUUUAACAAGAAACUCACGGCCUAUUUAGAUCUUAACCUGGAUAAGUGCUAUGUUAUUCCUCUGAACACUUCCAUUGUUAUGCCACCCAGAAACCUACUGGAGUUACUUAUUAACAUAAAGGCUGGAACCUAUUUGCCUCAGUCAUACCUAAUUCACGAACACAUGGUUAUCACUGACCGCAUUGAAAACAUUGACCACCUGGGUUUCUUUAUUUAUCGACUGUGCCAUGACAAGGAAACUUAUAAACUGCAACGCAGAGAUACCAUUAAAGGUAUUCAGAAACGUGAAGUCAGCAAUUGUAUCACAAUUCGGCAUUUUGAAAACAAAUUUGCCGUGGAAACUUUAAUUUGUUCUUGAACAUUCAAAAAAAACAUGGAGAAAAACUUAAUCUCACAGCAUAACCAUACUCUUUGUAUUUUGUGCAGUGAUUAUUUUUUAAAAUCUUUCAUGUAAGUAGCAAACAGGGCUUCACUAUCUUUUCAUCUCAUUAAUUCAAUUAAAACCAUUUCCUUUUAAAAAUA